AAACGGGUAUUAAAUGUUUUGAAACAAUAAGAACAACUUUUUAAAAUACAUGAAUCAAUCAUUCUACCAAUUCCGUUUACAAUAGUCUGGUUCGAGGGCAAACUGCAACGCUAUUUUAUCGUCUCUAGCAGAAAAUAGAUCCCGUAAAGUCAUAGGCGAAACAAAUCAUGCCAAAAGUCGUAUCACGAAGUAUUGUUUGUUCCGACUCCAAGGAUCAAGAAGAGUAUAAUGAUACAGGACCGCUAAAUAUCUACUAUUGUCUAUGUGGACAGAUGAGCCUUAUUUUAGACUGUAUUGUGGAAAAGCUUCCGCUCAGACAGCUGGAUGGAGCACGAGUGAUAGACUCGCAAAAGCAUGCAAACAAGAUCACGGCGCAACCCGGUGAGACGGUGUUCAUCAGACGCGAAUGUGGUAUUGAGAAACAGCAUCGCUUCAAGUGCAAAAAAUGUUCCCUUCCACUCUACUACCGUCAUUCCAGCGAUCCACAAGUAACCUUCAUCAUUCGUCGUGCUCUUGUCAAAUCUAAGAGUGACACCAGGAUCAUGGAAGUAUUCAAACCAGCCGUAUCGUCGUCCUUGGAACCGAAGAAAGUGAUGGUUACGAAGCACACAAAGAACAUGGGCAAGUUUAGCUCGGUAACGGUGUCCACAAUUGACGAGGAAGAGGACGAAAUUGAGGCCCGCGAAGUUGCGGACAGUUACGCCAACAACGCUCGUAUUAUCGAGAAACAGUUGGAACGCAAAUGUGGCAAAUCGAAUGAGACGCUAUUGAAGGAAAAAUGUGAUCCACCGCCAGUGAAGAAGUCUCGUGGAACACUAAUGGAUACAUGAAUUAGGUGUCAAAUGACCAAAUGAAACAGAAAAAUAAAACAAAUUAUUUUUUGAUAUGUGUAAA